AUGCCACUACUUCGCAUUAGAAGGUGUCAAAGCACUCCAAAAGCUGCUGGUGGUGGUUUUGUCGAUACGCUGAUAGAUAAGUUACCAUUCGAAGUACACUUACCUUCUUACCAGUUCUGCGGUCCAGGGACACGUCUUCAAAAAAGGUUAGCCCUAGGUCAGAAAGGCAUUAAUAAAUUAGACGCUGCAUGCUUACAGCAUGAUUUUACAUAUCAGAAAUCUGAUUUGACAGCGAAACACGUUGCUGAUUAUCAACUUGCGCAAGACGCUUGGAAAAGAGUCAAAUCUCCAGACGCAAAACUUGGAGAAAAAGCUGCCGCUUGGUAG